GUUACUAUGACAAUUCUAUAGUUUCAAUAUGGCGCUGUUUUGAACGUGAAAUUUACUUUUAAACAGUAGUGUCUAUAAGUUUGAUAAAUAAUGUCUGAAUCUCCUGAUAAGCGAGAUACUCCUGUUGCGGGAGCAAAAACUCCUGUAGAAGGAGAGGUGGCUGUUGCCGAAGAUAAAUCUGAGGCAGCAAGUCCCGAACACCAACAAGAUGCGACUCCUGUAGAAGAAAAAGAAAAGGCCACCAGUAGAAAAGGCUCUGUUAAAGCUUCGUCUCCGUCACGAGCAUCAGGUAAAGGUGAAGCUUCAAAGCCAAGCACCGCAAAAAGUGGAAAAAAAUCAAAUCCUAUGAGUGCAAAAAGCGAGGUAUCUGGAAAACGGUCAAAAAGUCCAGCAAAGGAAAAAUCAGCUAAAAAGAAGGAAAGAGCAUCAGGAAAAAGUAUCCUUACUAUCAGUAGUAGAGAGUCACGACAAGAGCAUACAGGGAAUGAUAGAAUAAAUACACAUGAAAUAUCAUUAAAUGAGGCUAAAUCAGAAAUCAUCCAAGUCGCAGCUUUAGAGGCAGAUGAUAGUUCCUUAUAUCCAAUCUCUAAACGGAAAAAAAUAAAAACAAAAACUCGCGAAAUUAGUAAGAAUAAGGAAGAUAGUAAGAAUACAAAACUUGAAAUACAAGAUAAUCAUUCACUUAAAAAAUUAAGUAAACUACCUAGAGAAUUUUUGAAUCCUGUUCAAAGAUUAAAAUCGUCUAGUUUCAUGAAAAACCGUGUCAAACGAGCCAAAAGUGAAUUAGAAGAAAAAGAAACUUCAUCUCCAGCAGCUGAAACAACUAUCAAGCAUAGAGUAGUGGUUGAACUACCCGAGAAUUGUGAACCAAUCUUCCUUUCUGCGUCAACGCAGGAACUUUUCAAUUGUACCGUCGAUAAAGACGUUACUCUAGAAAAUCCAUAUAUUCUUCUUAAAAAAGACGACUUGCUACAAGAUAUAUACAAUAGAGCAGCAGUGUCUGAUUUUCAAAUAUUCAAUCAAAAGAUAACCGACUAUGAAGGAGAGGAAAUGCUUCUCUGCUAUGAUCGAGAUUGGUCUUUUGGUCAGAAUUUUUUCAUCGCCUUCACAGAAGAAGCUAAAAAUUUUAUUCUAACGCCUCCUACUGAGACUGAAGGUGAAGAAGUCGAAGAGGAAAUUCCAAAAUAUGUACCACCUGUUUCAAAACUUUGGACAAGUCAGGGUUCUGAAAAAGAAAUUAUUAAUAGUCAUACAGUACUCAAUAGAACUUUGCUUCGAAUGACUUUAGAAAAAGCUCAUAAAGAGUUUGGAGCUCCUAUUGAGUUGGGUGAUCGUGUCGAUAAAGAAAAAAGACCGGCUUUCGACUAUGUAGAAUGCGCUCCUUUCGAAGAAAAGUCUUUUGAUUUGAAGCGUCAAGAAAUUGAUAAAGGAACUCAAGCUGUUCCCGAAAUACAAGAAAAUUAUGCUCAAACUGCCUGGCCUUAUCCGAAAAAUGCUGCUGUCCAAUAUGUACCACGUGAAAUGGAGGAAAAGGAGCGAGAAGAAAUAUUCAAUAGCAAGGAGAUGUUCGAUGUUAUAGAAAAAUGCUUACCUCGUUUUCACGUUGCUUUACAGCAGAAUGAAAUUAUAGAUGUCUUCUACGAUGACUGGGCAGAAUUAGCUGGAGAUGAUUCAGCUUUAGGUUCCAAGGCUGAUAAUCAUUUGAAAGAGUAUCAGAGUUUUACAGAUCUUCAAUUUUCUAAAGAAAAGAGUAUUAGCUGCAUUGAAUGGCAUCCUACAAUUAGGGGUAUUAUUGCUGUCUCUAUUACUGAAAGAGUAUCAUUUGACGAAAGAGUUGAUCAAUCCGCAAAAAUUCUUAUGACUCCAUCCCUGAUACUUAUUUGGUCGUUUCACGAUCCUAUCCGACCUCAGCUAGUACUCGAGGCACCAGAUGACAUUGUUGUCUUUAAAUUUAAUCCAUCCGAUCCAAACAUAAUUGCAGGAGGCUGUGUAAAUGGUCAACUAGUUUUAUGGGAUAUAACUAACUACUCACAAAGGUUGAAAACCCAAAGAACGCAGAAAAAGAAAAACUUCAAUACAGCUUUCGAGGAGGAAAGUCCAGAUCACAUAAAAGUUCGCUACUGUGCUGUAUCAAAUAUAGAACAUUCUCACAAAGGACCUGUAACUGAUUUGAAAUGGGUUCCUGGUCAUAUGGAGAUUAAUCGCUUAGGCGUUCCCUUAGAGAAUAAGGAAAACUCCUGCGUUCAAUUAAUGACUUGCUCCGUUGAUCAUGUGGUUCUCUUCUGGGAUACCAGACCUCCAAAGACUGUACAGCAUCAGCAGCUAAUGGACAAAUUGACAAAGGAACCAAAUCCUAUGAAUAUACCAACUACUUUCAGACACUUGGAUCUAGCUUGGAAGCCGCUCUUGCGAGUUACAUUACCUAAAUCAGAACCUGGAGGGGAUCACAGUCCUACGAAAUUCUCAAUAGCCGAGAAGCAUGGUGACAAGAAAAUACUUGAGGAGUUAGAUCAGUUGGAAAGAGAAAAAGAAAAAGCAGCUGGUCUCUCUGGUCUUGCCAAUACGAUUAAACCAGGUUCGGGGCAUAAAAGAGCUUUGACAAUGUUGAAUACGCACUUUUAUGUCGGAACUGAAGACGGUGAACUGGUUUAUGUUGAUUGGAUGCCUCAAAAAGAUCAAGAUACAGGAAAGAUUCAAACGCCUAAGGCUGAUUAUUAUCAUUCUCUGCAUGCUGGUCCGAUUGUAUCGCUUAGUCGAAAUCCGUUCUUCAAGGAUGUUAUUCUGUGCGUAGGUGGCUGGAAUUUUACCAUAUGGAAAGAGGGUGUUUCUUCAGGUCCAAUUGUACAAUCAUCGGCUAGUAAACGCCGCCUAAAGAUUGCACACUGGUCUCCUUCUAGACCAUCCGUAUUUUAUGUAGGAAGGGAUGACGGAUCAAUUGAUGUUUGGGAUCUAUUAGAUAGAACACACGAACCGAGUUUAACGCAGAGCAUCAGUACUUCUCCAAUAACAGCAAUUUAUCCUCAUAGAGUAACACCUCGACAGCAGUUAAUCGCAGUCUCUGAUGCUUCUGGAACACUUCACAUCCUUGAGGUAUUGGGUUUAUAUAACUGAGUAAUGUUUUCUAAAGAAAACCAUCAUCUGUGCAUUUAUAGGUUCCAGCUAGUCUUCGCAAUCCAGCCGAUAAAGAGGGUAAAGCUUUCGCUAAUUACGUUGAGCGCGAAGUCAAUAGACGAGCUUUUGUCGUUGAACGUUGGGACUUUAGAGAAAAUGAAAAGAGGCAGAUGGAAGCAGAAGCUAAACUAAAAGCUGGAAUAGCUCCUCAACACCAACUAACUGACGAAGAAGUUCAAUAUCGUCAAAAGCAAGAAUAUCAAUCCUUUUUAGAGGCUGAACAUGUCUUCUUAAGGGAGCUAGGCUUAAUAAAAGAAGAGGAGGAGGAAUUGCCAGUUGUUGACUAAAAAACUCAAUAAAGAACAUUUUUCUCAUGGCUAAUACAUCCAUUAUAUUGUUCUAUUGUAUCCGAAAUUCUAAUCAAACAAUACAGCAUAGAAAUAUCAGUUAUUCAGAGUUCAAUGAAUUUUAGGUCAUAAUAGCCCUUUUUGUUAAUUUUCCUUUUCAGAAAAAGUAGUUACGCCCUCUAGAGAAAAAACAACUCAAAGAUAAAAACACUGUUAAUUGUUUUAUUAGAAAUUAUUAUUAUUAAAUUGUUUACAUGCUGAUGCAGAAAACAUAAAUGGCAUAAAAUUAAAAGAAAAUUGUUUUCUUAUUUCAUAUCAGCUCUUUUUGAGAUUUGCUUCAAGAGCUCCAUGAAUGGAUGACUAAAGUCUUCAUCCAUAUUUCCAGAAAUUUUGACAUAUUUGCCAAUAAUUUCUUUACCAUCAGAAAUAUUUCCUGAUUCAAAUUGAACAUUGUUCAUUUUACUAUCUUCAGCAAUUUCUAAAUUAAUGAAACGUAUAAUCAAACCUUUAUUUCUAUUCAACAACUAUUAACUUACCUUGGGCAGUAUUUUUCAAGUUUUUAUCGAGUGCAUUGUCAGCCUUGUCCUCCUCAAAGGGUAAGAAGUCAUGCGAAAAUUGUCUAGCUCUAUUAUCUAACUCAUCGAAAGUUCCAGCAACAAAAUUUUUACGGUUAAUUUUUCCUUCAUGAUGAUGAUGCCUUGUUUCCUUUCUACCAUCAAAGGAACCAGCGAAAUUCUUGUUUGAUUCGGGUGUUUCAUCAGAAGUUCCGAAAAAGUUUAAUCUUUGUCUAAUAUGUUCGCCGUGUCGCCCAUCAAAGCUACCAGCACUCAAAGUGUUUUUCUGGUCAUCAUAACUUCCAGCAACGAAUUGGUUCU